AUGCUGAGGAGCCGGGGCCGCCGCGCCCUCGGGCCGGGCCGGAGCCGGAGCCGGAGCGGGAGCCGGAGCCGCUGGCUGCCCGCGCUCUGCUGUUUGUUGGGCGCCGUGCGGGCGGCGGCGGGGGCCGGGGCCGGGGCCGGGGCCAGGGCCAGGGAAGAGGCGGCGGCGGCGGGGGCAGGGGCGGCCCACGAAGCGUCCUUUGCGGGCCAGAGCUGGUUAAAGUCUUACGGCUAUCUGCUUCCCUAUGAUGCCCGGGUACCCUCGAUGCCCUCAGGGAAGGUCUUGCAGUCAGCGGUCACCACUAUGCAGCAGUUUUAUGGGAUUCCUGUCACAGGAGUGUUGGAUCAGACAACAAUCGAGUGGAUGAAGAAGCCUCGCUGUGGUGUCCCUGAUCACCCCCACCUGAGCCGCCGGCGCAGGAACAAGCGCUAUGCACUGACGGGGCAGAAGUGGAGGCAGAAACACAUCACCUACAGCAUUCACAACUACACCCCCAAAGUAGGCGAGUUGGACACACGGAAAGCCAUCCGCCAGGCCUUUGACGUUUGGCAGAAGGUCACCCCGCUGACAUUUGAGGAAGUUCCCUACCACGAGAUUAAAAGUGACCGCAAGGAAGCAGACAUCAUGAUUUUCUUUGCCUCUGGUUUCCAUGGUGACAGCUCCCCUUUUGAUGGUGAAGGGGGAUUCCUAGCUCAUGCCUACUUCCCUGGCCCUGGGAUUGGUGGAGAUACUCACUUUGACUCUGAUGAGCCUUGGACCCUGGGGAACGCCAACCAUGAUGGGAACGACCUCUUCCUGGUGGCUGUGCAUGAGCUGGGCCACGCAUUGGGACUGGAACAUUCUAAUGACCCCAGUGCCAUCAUGGCCCCUUUCUAUCAGUACAUGGAGACGCACAGCUUUAAGCUGCCCCAGGAUGACCUGCAGGGAAUUCAGAAGAUCUAUGGUCCUCCUGCUGAACCUCUAGAGCCCACACGACCCCUACCCACACUCCCUGCCCGGCGGAUCCACUCCCCAGAGAGGAAGCAUGAGCGUCAGCCUAGGCCCCCAAGGCCACCAUUGGGAGACCGGCCGUCUAUCCCGGGUACAAAGCCCAAUAUCUGUGAUGGCAACUUCAACACUGUGGCUCUCUUCCGGGGCGAGAUGUUUGUGUUCAAGGACCGCUGGUUUUGGCGUCUGCGGAAUAAUCGUGUUCAGGAAGGCUACCCCAUGCAAAUCGAGCAGUUCUGGAAGGGGUUACCAGCUCGCAUUGAUGCUGCCUAUGAGAGGUCUGAUGGGCGAUUUGUCUUCUUCAAAGGUGACAAAUACUGGGUCUUCAAGGAGGUGACUGUGGAGCCUGGAUACCCUCACAGCCUGGGAGAGCUGGGUACCUGCUUGCCCCGUGAAGGCAUAGACACAGCCCUACGCUGGGAGCCUGUGGGCAAGACCUACUUUUUCAAAGGGGAAUGGUACUGGCGUUACAAUGAGGAGAGACGGGCGACUGACCCUGGAUACCCCAAACCUAUCACUGUGUGGAAGGGCAUCCCCCAAUCCCCUCAGGGGGCCUUCAUCAGCAAAGAAGGCUAUUACACCUAUUUCUACAAAGGCCGGGACUACUGGAAAUUUGAUAAUCAGAAGCUGAGUGUGGAACCUGGUUACCCCCGCUCCAUCCUGCGGGACUGGAUGGGCUGUAAUCAGAAGGAGGUGGAAAAAAGGAAGGAACGUCGGAGGCCCCAGGAUGACGUGGACAUCAUGGUUACCAUAGAUGAUGUGCCCGGUACGGUGAAUGCCGUGGCCGUCAUCAUCCCCUGUACCCUCUCCCUCUGCAUCCUUGUCCUUGUCUACACCAUCUUUCAGUUUAAGAACAAGGGGGCACAACAGCAGGUUACCUACUACAAACGGCCAGUCCAGGAGUGGGUAUGACCAGCACGUCCUUGCCCCGCCAGCCGGGGCAUCCUUGCCGGGGCCUGAGAGAGGGCAGGGACCUCACUCCCAGGACUCAGAGGAACAGGGGGGCGCCACAAAGGCCCAGACCAAGAGGCACAAGCAAUGGGUUUAUACCUCCAGCCUAAAGCUUGGCCCUUGGAAACCAUUUGGUCAGAGAGGAGUGGUAAAAAUCAGUCAGAGCUGAUCCCCAAACAUCGGUCCUCACCUGGACCCUUUGGAUGCCUUUAAUCCAAAGGAAAAGGCAAAAGAUAACCUUUGCUGAGGAGAGCUUUGUGGGGGGAGAAGGUCUCUGCUCUUGCUGCCUCAUACCUGUCCCUCAUUCCCAGAGGCUGGAACCCCAAUUAUUAGGGGCCUCUCCUGGGACUUCCAAAGGCCCUCUGAGCACAGUUCACCCGGGAGAAACCAGCAUUUGCUCCCUGACAGCUGCCUGUCAUUCCUCUCCUGAGGGACCCGACUCCAGGUGUGCCUGGGUAUGGCAGGGCCUCGUGAUCUUAGGGUGAGGAUUAAGGCCUGAGGCAGGAUCAGCUGCCUCCUUUCUGCGCCAAACCUGGGCACUGUCUGGCUACCGACUCCCAACACCUGCUGGUCAGAUGUUUGUAACUGAUCAUGGAUCACGGAGCCUGUGUGGCCAUGGAGGCAAGGCUGUCUGCGGGCAAGGAAGAUGUUUUUUGUGACCUCUCCCCAGACCCACACAGGUUCCUCAGAAAACUGGUUUCUCCUGGGCCAAUGAGAGGCAGGGGCCUCUUGUGCUCAGGGAGAGCCUGUGAUCCAGCCUCAUCUCUGCUGGACUUUGCUCUCAUGUCACAAAUAUUUAAAUGUCCCGUUACUACUGUUUUAAUCCCCAUUUGUCAGAAGUGAUUCCCUGAGGACUUGGGAAGCUGUUUGUUCAUCUCACUCCAAUAUACACCAGUAUAAGAGCCUCGACCCCAGAGCAUCAAGGCCAAAGUCCCACUAAGAUGAGUGAAACCAGGUAGUACCUUGGUGGCCCUAGAGAACAGAGAUGGAUCAAAAGUAUGGGGAUGAGCUUCUUUGGGGGCCCAGAAACCUUUGGACAAGAACUAUUAGAACCCUUUGGAACUUGGGCCACAGGAAUGGAGAGCUAGGUUCACUCCUUGCUAAGAACUUAAGGCCAUGGGAGAGACACUAAAGGCCAAGAGCCAGAAAGGUGCCUAACCUUGGAUGGUUGGAAGGAAUGUGGAUGCCCCAGAAUUUUCUUAAUUCCCAUCCCCAGCCUCACUGCUCUGCCCCUUCCCACUUUUACUUCUGGUUCCUUCUCAUGUGGCCCCUAUUAUUAUCCCAAACCCCAACCCCAUCAGCCUCUCACAUCUUUCCAUUUCUCAUUGCCAAAAGAGGCAACUUGUAUAGCAGUAGAGAGUGCUGGAUUUGAAGUCAAGGAGCCUGGGUUUGAAUCUUGAGUGCUACUUUCUCACUGUGUGACUUUAGGUAAGGACAUUUCUCAUCUCAAUUUCUAUUUCCUCACUGAGUAAAAUGAGAGGGUUGGUCAUGAUUUCUAAAGUCCCUUGCAGCUCUAAAUCAUUGAGUGUGUGAUCUUCCUCCCAUUCCCAUCCUGAUCCCCAUCUUCUCCCUACUCCUUAUGCAGGUCCCCUUUCUGUUCUUGGCCCUGGGCUAUACCUAGAGUAAAGGGGGAAGGGAGCACAUGGAGCUACUACACUGCCACUUCCCAGUUAUUCCAGUGAUUCCUCUGUUUGCAGGGCCCUUGUCCUUCAGCCAUCUCAAUAAUUCACCUGUUGAAAAGCUCUAUCCCAUUCCCAUCCAGCCAUCCCUAAGGGACUGCCUGAAAUUCCUGGCUUCAUUGAAACUAGUCAGAUAAGUCUAAAGUGAACAGAAGAGUCCAUUAAGCAAGAAGAUCUGAGGGACUUUCAGCUUUCUUCUAUCUUCAGGACACGAAAUUGAGCCCAUUUCCUGUUUGCUUCCUUCUCUCACAAUGGACAUAUUGUAUCCUGAAUGCCUCUCUGCUUUCAGGCCAGGAUAUCCAGUUUAGAAUACACCAGCCCCUGAAAAGCUGGAUUUGUGGAACAGACUUGGAGGCAAGUCUUUAUUUUGUAAAAAAAAAAAAAAAAAAAAAAAAGAGUUCCCUAGGAUUGCAAUAUCUCAUUACUUUUAAAAUGAGAUUAUGGAAGUUACAUAUGACUUUUCCUGAAAAGAGGGCUUGUGCAUCAGAGAUGGAAGGAUUUCAUAGAUUAUAGUCAAUUUUCUCAUGGUAAAUUGAGGUUCAGAGAAGGGUCACAUAGUGAAGUAGGGUAGGGUCCAAAUGACUAGUGCAAAAUGUGAGGUUUUCCACUUUCCAGAUUUUCAGUACCUCUCUGUCCAACCAUUCAUAGCUCUUCUUUGGAUUCAUCCACUUUUCCUGGGCUGGACACCCUCUUUCCAUCUCCCUAAUACCCUUCAUAGUCUCUCCACAUUGCUUCAUUGACAGAUGCGAAAUUUGGGUUCCUCAGGCAGCCUGGAUUGGGUCUCUCUCCAUGGCAAGCGGGUUCCUUUCUUUCCAUUACAAAUUUAAGCUAUUUGUAUCAGUAACAUUUUAGCACCAAGGUUAUGUAAUCUGUGAAUUUAGCAACCUUUGAGCUAAGCCAACACAAAAUCCUGGGGAUCUUCCUUGUUACUUUUUCUGGAAUACAUCUACCCAGAGCCAUAACUUGGUAUCCUGAUACUUGGGGCAAAUUUAUCUAAGAAGGAUGAAUAGGCAUGACACACACUGGUCCUAGGAUAAACUGACUCAUAUAGGGCUGCUUUGGGGGGAGGUAGCUACUCCCUCUCCAGACUUUCAUUGGCCCAUGACCCAUGAUUUCAAUCACAAAGGUACAGGUCAGUGGAUCCCUUCAAGGCAAAGUCAGGAGAGUUCCUGACUACUGUAAGGAGAAAGUGUUAUUCUCUUCUAUUCUCUCCCUGCCUCCUCAUCCACCUUUGUACUGAUACAAAGCCAUGACUAUCCUAGGUAAUCAUCUCUGGAGACUCAGAAGUAUAGAUUGACUGGGGCUGCCCUCCCAAGUCUCUAUUGUAAAAUCCUUGAAGUUUAUAAGAGUGUAGAUAGGGCUAUAGCAGUUAUUACCAGUUCCUUAACUGUUAGGUGGGAGACAUCUUUCCUAGUUGUCCAACUCUGUCCUCAGACUCGUUCUAUUCCUAGUUGUCCAACUCUGUCCUCAGACUCGUUCUAUUCCUAGUUGUCCAACUCUGUCCUCAGACUCGUUCUAUCAGCAAUUUUGUCCCUGACUUGCAAAAUAUGGGUAACUAAUGCCUAUCAAAGAUAUGUUGAUACAAAGCCAGGAAACAUAGCUAACACAGAUUGUCAGGAUCCAGAAAUAAUGUUGGCAAGUUAGAAAGGUGAAAUCUACAAUGAGUAAAUAGCAAAUGAAAAAAAAAAUUUUUUUUGGCUGUACAUGUAUAGAAAGGAGGUAAGUUAUGGCUACAAUAAUUUGUACAAAAAGUAUCUAGAUGUUUUACUGAGCUGUAAACUUAAGCUAAAAAACAAAUGGUGUCUGAUGAUCCUAUUGAUGAGACCACAUCUAGGACAGUAUGUAUUGUUCUGGACUCCAUAGUUUAGGUAGAAUAUUGAGAAGUUGUUGAGUUGUAAGUGCAAGACAGAGAGGAAGACAGAAACUGGAGGUUGUGCUGAGAAUGUUGAGUUUGAAACAAAGAUUUUUCCCCCUAAGUAUUUGAAAAGUAGUCUUGUGGAAGAGGAUUUGUUCCCGUUGGCCCCAAAAAGCAGAACUCAAGAGCUCCAGAUGUUAGAGGAUCAUCCACUUCAGUUAAGUCUAAAAAUUGUCUUUAGCAAUCUCAGUUGCCCAAAUAAUGGGAUGAACUGUCUUGGUAGGGAGUGAAUUUCAUUACAAAUUCAGCAAAGGCUGGAUAACUACUUGUUUAAAAUGUCACAGAAGAGAUUCCUGGAUCAAACACAAGGUUAGGCUAAAUACUGUCUUGAAUCCUUUCCAGCUCUAGGUUUUUAUACCAAGUCAGUAAUUUGUUAAAUCUAUAAAAUUAUUUAUGACCGGGUCACCCAGAAGCCUCUUGGGCUGGGAAGUGGAGGCAGGACACAGGAGUCUCCUGGGGCCCUGCCAGACUAUAAAUGGGAGUAUCCACUGGGCAGUUUCAUGUUUUCCUCCUGUAUUUGCAGUCAUCUUCCAUUUGUGGUCACAUCUUAAAACUUUGGAGACUUGUUUAUGCUUGAAGGAGAUGAUUUCCUGAUGGUGCCCUAGGUCGAGACCUUAGCCUCUGCCCUGGCUUGGGCCUUCUCCUAAAUGAACUUCCCAAGUCACCAAUUCUCUUGUGCUCAUCCUCAAUUCUUGCCAAGGGCCGGCUCCCUGGGGUAGGGGGCAUCUGACAUUAUAGAGACAUAAUCUUUGUGUCGAUACAGUAUUUUAUACUUUUCAAGGCACUUUAUUAGGUGACAGCUAUUAGCCUAUUUGAAACUCACAAGGGCCAUGUUAUGCUGGCUGGGCGAAUAACAUUAUCCUCUUUUGACAGAGGUUAAUGAGGCCCAGAAAUAAGAUAUGACUUUUUGGGGUCAUGCAAGUUAGUGGUGGACUAUAAUUGAGUGCUCUUUCUGUCACACCAUGCUGCAAAUCUUGAUGGCCACUGGGCGAGGCCUGGCUCAGAGGGGCCUUGGGUAUCUUCCACCACUUCUGACCAAUAGCAAUGCAGAGAAUGAAGCCACACCACUGUGCCCCUCAUACACUCCUCACCACUUAUUCCUGCUUGGGUCCUCUUGUCACUACUCCUUCUUGAGAUCACAGCCCAUACUUUGUGAGGGCCUUGAUCGUCCAGCUCAGCGCCUCCUCCAUUCAUCUCAUCUUGGGUCCUCCUGGCUUAUCUCCCCUCUUCCUCUCUGAUGCCUGCUGGACCCAUACUAGGGUCCUGGGUUUCUGCUCCGACCUUCUGAAAACCCUUAAUCCUGUGUGGUCCCCUCUGGGAUCCUCCUGAGCCUCCAAGAUUCUUGAGGUAGAGCUGAGGAAGGGAACAGAGGAAGAGGCUCUGGGGGCAGUGAAAGGGUCAGGCCUCACUGGAAUGGGGGACCGUUUGAGUUGACCCCUUUUCUGACCCACUUGCCCUCCCUUCAUCCCCCACACUUCCACCAUAGUCUGUGUGUCUCCCACGACCUGGCCAAGGCUGAGGCCUCCAUACUGGUGCCCUAGAGUCUGGGCUCCCAUCACCCUGGACGGCAUCGCAGCAUUUCAGUGUCCGUCACAUUUUAAAACUGAUCAGCCUUUGUAUAAUGUUUUUUAAAUCAUUUCUAAAUAAAAUGAAAAUAUA